UAUUUAAGGUUCGGUUUGAAUCUUGACAUUGUUACGAACAUUGUCGAGUAGAAUUCGAAUUUAUACGAAAACUUUUGAAGUUAAAAACAAUAUAAUAAUUCAUUUAAGAGAAAUACAUAUAUAAAAAUUAAAUCUGGGCAAAAAAUAUUAAUGAUGUUAUGGUAAUUAUUCAACGUGUAAAUUAUUAAAGAAAAGUUUAAAGCGCUCGGUUUAAGUUUAAAAAUAACAAACAUAACCUUAAAAUAAACCACGCCGUGUUGUUAACUUUUACUAAAGUUCUGUUUGCAAAUAUUUCUACAUUUAUUUAUAAUUCAAUGAAGAAAAUGGCAAACAAACACGCAGAAGAUUUAAAUUUUCAUAUUUAUGCAGGAAGUUUACGUGGAGUUAUUGCAUAUACUGAAUGCCAGAAAAAUAUAAAACCCACAUAUGAAUUAAAAGAAUUAGAUGGAGAAAUCACCGCUUUUGAAUGGGGCCAGUCCAAUGAUGAGAUAAUAUUAGGAAAUAAAAAUGGUGUAGUUAAAGUUUACAACACAGGAAUAAGCAAAUUCAUUCAACAUGUGAAAAAACUUGAUGGAAAAGGAGCUGUUGUUGGAUUAGCAUCAAUUGACAAGAAUAUAAUCAUUGGUAGAUCUGAUGGUACUGUUAAUGUACAUAACAGAUCAAAGAAAAAGCAUGAUGCAUUCAGAACUGUGUUAAAUGAUGAAGCAACUAUGAAUGUUUUGGUUUACAAUGAGAAAAGAAAUGUUUUUGCCACUGGUGGUGAAAAUAAUGAUCUAAAAGUGUGGGAUAUUAAUACUAGGAAGGAUAUAUUCAAAGCUAAAUCACUUGGAAAAGACAUGUUGGAACUGCCAAUUCCCACAAGUAUAAGAGGAAUAUCAUUCCACAAUGAAGAUAAUAUUGUGUCUUGUAUCACAAAAGAAGGUAUGAUGUUGCUUUAUGAUGAGAAAGCCCAAAGAAAACCAGUGUGUAAAUAUGAAGAGAAAAAGGCUUCUUUUACCUGUGUAUCUUUAUACAGAGACAGACAAUUAUUUGUUGGCACAACCAAAGGUUACAUCCAACUCAUUGACAUGAGACAGGGCAAAUGUGUGAAGACCUUCCAGCCAUUUGCAGGUGCAGUCACAAGCAUCAUUUGUGACCAGAAACUUCCAUAUGUUGUUAGUACAAGUUUAGAUAAACAUUUGAGGAUUCACAAUGUUGAUACCAAGGAGGUUGUGCAUAAAGAAUACAUGAAAAUUGGUUUGACUAAGCUUUUAAUGCGUCCGGUGGUGAAGGAAGAACCUAAAGAAGAGGAUGAACAGAAACCUAUUGUUCAGGAUGAUGAAUAUGAAGGUUUGUUUGAGAAUAUGGAGACUAUCAAUGAUUGCAGUGAUGAAAAUGAUGAAGAUGUGAAUGAAAAUAGUCCAAAGGUUAUUAAAAGGAAGAAGAAAAGUAAAAUUAAAGGUGUGAAUAAUAUAAAGAAAGUUAAAUCUGUUUAAGAGGUUAAAUAAAGGCAUAUGACGUUAAUUUCUAACCUUAAAAA